AUGGACCCAACCUACAAAUCCCGCAAAGAGGCUUUCGUCUCGAAUCUCGUAGGGGGAAGUAUCCUGGAGAUCAACGCGGUGACCCUAGUUGCCCCUGCUUCUGUUCUCCUGUGGUCCACGCUCCAAGCCCGUCUCUCCUUCUUCACGCCGUACGGUCCCGCGGCUUUGGUCACUGAUUUCUUGCUCAAUGUCUUGGCUAUUCUCUUUGCGACGACACUUUACUCCUCUGCGCCAUGGCUCUUGAAUAUUCUUUUGGUCUCUCCUGCUGUCUUGGUGCUGUUAAACUCACGGUCUCGUCGCGUCCAGCAAAAGGCAAAGCCCCUACGCACGACUGCCUCGCGAUAUGCAUCAGACAACCCAGAAUCCUUGCCCAUCCACCCAUUUCUCACUACCUACCGUGCAGCCAUGAUGAUCAUUACCUGCAUCGCCAUUUUAGCGGUGGACUUCCGUGUAUUCCCUAGACGUUUCGCCAAGGCCGAGAACUGGGGCACGUCAUUAAUGGAUCUGGGUGUUGGGUCCUUUGUAUUCUCCGGGGGGGUGGUAUCCGCCCGCUCCGUUCUGAAAGGCUGCAGGGGAAAUGUGGCGUCAAAGAGGUCCCUGCUGCAGAGGCUAACUGCGUCCGUACGACACUCGAUUCCACUUCUGAUCUUGGGCCUCAUCCGGCUUUACAGCGUCAAGGGCCUCGAUUACGCAGAACAUGUCACAGAGUAUGGGGUCCAUUGGAACUUUUUCUUCACCUUGGGAUUCUUACCGCCAUUUGUUGAGAUGUUUGAAGGUCUCGCCAUUUUGAUUCCUUCGUAUGAGGUCCUUUCCCUCGCUGUGGCCGUGCUGUACCAGGUAGCACUCGAGUCAACUGAUUUGAAGAGCUACAUUCUUGUAUCUCCUCGAGGGCCUGGCUUACUCUCUAAGAAUAGGGAAGGAAUUUUCUCCUUCCUAGGAUACCUAGCUAUUUUCCUGGCGGGACGUGCUACCGGAAUUCGCAUUAUUCCUAGGGAAGCUAGGAGGCGCGUGCUUACGAGCCUAGGAGUUCUUGCGCUUUCCUGCACGGCUCUCUUCGUGCUGGUCUCUACCUAUGCGAUGGGCUGUGGAUCGAAUAUCCCGGUUUCCCGUCGUCUCGCAAACAUGCCAUACGUACUCUGGGUUGCCGCCUUUAACAAUGCCCAGCUCUUUCUCUUCCUUCUUAUCGAGACCAUCCUCUUUCCAUCUGUCCCUGGGGCCGUAGGAAAAGAGGACGAAACGAACCGGACUAAUUUUGCAACAAGCUAUGUUCUAAGGGCGUUUAAUCGUGGCGGGCUUGCGGUAUUUUUGGUGGCCAACCUCCUCACAGGCGCAGUUAAUCUCACAGUUCCAACUCUUGAUGUUAGUGAUACACAAGCCAUGGUAAUUCUGGUUGGAUACGCAGCCGUAAUUACUGGCGUUGCGCUGGCGCUGGACAAAGCCAAUAUCAAGCUAUCCUUGUGA